UCUCUCUCUCUCUCUCUCUCUCUCUCUCUCUCUCGCUCUCUCUCUCUCUCUCUCUCUCUCUCUCUCUCUCUCUCUCUCUCUCUCUGGGCGUGUGUGCCUGUGUGUAUUUGUCUUGGUGUAAAGAGAUGACGCUCCCGGUGCCUUGUUGCGGAUAAAGUGCGCUCUCACCACCCCCUUAAAGGAGAGAGGGGGUGGGGGGCAGAGAGGGGGGGAAAAAAAAUAAGACGACUACAUCUGCAGUUUAUGAAUGGCACCGACAUGGAGGAAGCGCCGCUCGAGAAAGUCCGAAGCCGGCGGAAGAGAAGUCCGUGUCCGCCGGGCUUCCCCGUGAGCAGCAUCGCCUGCGAGGACGAGUUCGACUGCAAGGAGCUGGAGUCUCUGUUCCAAAACUACAACCUGAAGCUGGAGCAGACGUCCACGCUGAAGGCGCUCGCCGUGCUCAUCGUCAUGUCGUCGGCGCUGGCCGGCGCGGAGCUCCUCGGCGGCCCCGGUCACCUCACCAUCUCCAAGGGCUCGCACCCGGUGCACUGCGUCGUCUUCGCGUCGCUCUUCAUCGUCACCAACGUCAAGUACCUGCAUGUGACCCAGUUGCAGCAGAUCGUCAACCUGAGCCUGCUCUUCGGCUUCACCUUCGCCUUCCUCUGCUGCCCCUUCUCGCUGGGCGCCGCGGGCUCGGAGCCGCAGACGCCGCCCGACCAGGGCGUGUGGCAGCUGGUGCUGGUCACCUUCGUCGCCUACGCGCUGCUGCCCGUCCGGACCCUGCUGGCCGUGAUCUUCGGGCUCAUGGUUUCCGUCUCGCACCUCAUCGUCACCGCCACCUCGGUCAGGACGCAGAAACUGUGGAGGACGUUGGUGGCCAACACGGUGCUGUUCACCAGCGUCAACCUGUCGGGCCUGUUUGUGCGCAUCCUGACCGAGCGGGCGCAGAGGAAAGCCUUCCUGCAGGCGCGCAACUGCAUCGAAGAGCGACUUCGCAUGGAGGACGAGAACGAGAAGCAGGAGCGCCUGCUCAUGAGUUUGUUGCCUCGGAACGUCGCCAUGGAGAUGAAGGAGGACUUCCUGAAGCCACCGGAAAGGAUUUUCCACAAAAUCUACAUCCAGCGCCACGACAAUGUCAGCAUCCUGUUUGCGGACAUCGUCGGCUUCACCAGUUUGGCCUCCCAGUGCACCGCCCAAGAACUGGUCAAACUCCUGAAUGAGCUUUUUGGAAAGUUUGACGAGCUCGCGACGGAGAACCACUGUCGCCGGAUCAAGAUCCUGGGAGAUUGUUACUACUGCGUGUCUGGACUGACCCAGCCCAAGACGGACCACGCCCACUGCUGCGUGGAGAUGGGACUGGACAUGAUCGACACCAUCACGUCGGUGGCGGAGGCCACGGAGGUCAACCUGAACAUGCGCGUGGGCCUGCACACGGGCCGGGUGCUGUGCGGGGUCCUGGGCCUCCGCAAGUGGCAGUACGACGUGUGGUCCAACGACGUCACCCUCGCCAACGUGAUGGAGGCCGGGGGACUGCCAGGGAAGGUCCACAUCACCAGAUCCACACUGGAGUGCCUGAACGGCGAUUACGAGGUGGAGCCAGGAAACGGCCACGAGCGCAACGCCUUCCUCCAAAAACACCAGAUCGAAACUUUCUUCAUCGUGCCGUCUCACCGCCGCAAGAUUUUCCCCGGAUUGAUUCUUUCGGAUAUCAAGCCGGCCAAAAAGAUGAAGUUCAAGACGGUUUGCUACUUGCUGGUGCAGCUCAUGCACUGCAGGAAGAUGUUCAAGGCCGAGAUCCCCUUCUCCAACGUCAUGAACUGCGAGGACGGCGAUAAGCGGCGGGCCAUGAGGACGGCGCCGCAGAAACUGCGGAACCGGCCCAACGCCAACCAGACCAACGUGGUCCAGAGCAGCCCCAGAACGCGGGUCAACCGCUACAUCGGGCGGCUGAUCGAAGCCCGGCAGACCGAGUCGGACACGGCCGACCUCAACUUCCUCACGCUCAUGUACAAGUGCUCGGAGCGCGAGCAGAGGUACCAUCAGGUUCCAGAUGAGUACUUCACCAGCGCUGUGGUUCUGUCCCUGAUCCUCGCUGCCUUGUGCGGUCUCGUCUACCUUGUCAUCAUACCGCAGGGCACCGUGGUGCUGGUCCUGCUCGUCUUUUGCAUCUGUUUCCUGGUGGCGUGCAUUAUGUACCUGCAUAUCACCAGAGUACAGUGCGUUCCGGGGUGCCUGACCAUUCAGAUUCGCACCGCGCUCUGCAUUCUCAUCGUGCUCUUGAUCUAUGCUGUGGCUCAGGCCUGUGUGGUGGGCUGCAUGCCCUGGCUGCGGGUUCCCCCCAACGGCAACAGCUCCCUCGCCAUCGCCGACACGGACGGCGGCGCCAACCGCACCGCGGCCGAGCUGCCCUGCGAGGGCGCCCGCUACGCCUUCCUGUCGUGCGCGGUCGGCACGCUGACCCUGGCGCUCUUCCUGCGCGUCUCCUGGCUGCCCAAGAUGGCGCUGAUGCUCCUGCUGCUGGUGCUCUACGUCACCGUGCUGGAGCUCAGCGGUUUCCGCAAGACCGCCGGUGGGGGGUCCUUCCACAUCCGGGGCUUUGAGCCCAUCCUGUCUCUGUUGCUCUUCGUCAGUGCGCUGGCCCUCCACUCCAGGCAGCUUGACCUCAAACUGCGCUUGGACUUCCUCUGGGCCGUGCAGGCGGAGGAGGAAAGGGACGGGAUGGAAAAAGUCAAGCUGGACAACAGGCGGAUCCUGUUCAAUCUGUUGCCGGCGCACGUGGCCCAACACUUCCUGCUGUCCAACCCCAGGAACAUGGAUCUGUACUACCAGUCCUACGCGCAAGUCGGCGUCCUGUUCGCGUCCAUCCCGAACUUCAACGACUUCUACAUCGAGCUGGACGGCAACAACAUGGGAGUGGAAUGCUUGAGACUCCUCAAUGAGAUCAUUGCAGACUUUGAUGAGCUCAUGGAUAAAGAGUGCUACAAAGAUAUUGAGAAGAUCAAGACCAUCGGCAGCACGUACAUGGCGGCCGUCGGCCUCGUCCCGACCGUGGGAACCAAGGCCAAGAAGUCCAUUUUUGACCACCUGAGCACGAUCGCCGACUACGCCAUCGAGAUGUUCGACGUGUUGGAUGAGAUCAACUAUCAGUCUUAUAACGAGUUUGUCUUAAGAGUGGGGAUCAACGUCGGUCCGGUGGUGGCGGGCGUCAUCGGGGCGCGCCGACCCCAGUAUGACAUCUGGGGGAACACGGUCAACGUGGCCAGUCGCAUGGACAGCACGGGGGUACCGGGGAAGAUACAGGUGACGGAGGAGGUCUACCGGCUGCUCCACUCCGACUACGACCUGGUGUGCCGCGGCAAGGUCAGCGUGAAGGGCAAAGGGGAGAUGCUGACUUACUUCCUGGAGGGCAAAGUGCAGGGCGUGGGCACGGCCACCACCUCGUCCGUGAUGCGCUCGGCCAGCCUGGCGCGCCGCAUCCACUCCUGCGGCAAGACCAGCGUCCCCGCCGGCCUGGGCGCCGCCGCCGCCCCCAGACGACAGCCGACGUGCUUGCCCUCUUCCCGUGUGCCCGCGGUGGGUGAGGAGGAAGAGGAAGUGGAUAUAGAUGUGACAGAGAUGGAGAUCGAGGCUGUGGCGACUGUGGCUGACGCCGCGGUGUAGACGCAAACGCGAGCGAAGGAAAAAGCCCCCAAAAACUGGAAAAGAAUUUAGCCCUUGCGACGUGCGUCAUGCGAUGUCAUGGAAACGGGGGUGCGGCUAUUGUCGCGGAGAAAGCCAAAGAACAAGUGGAACACGUUCGGAAUCAAGCGCAAAGGGAAAUAAGCAAGGAAAAUGUGGCCAUUUUGGACUUUUUGAGGUUCCAUUGUUGGUUUUUCCCCACUUAUGUCGUCUCCACCACCCAUGAGGAUUAUUCCACGCAGUAAACACACAAGUUGUGCCCUUGAGGAACAACAACAACAAACAACAGUACGGUGCAAACGCACACAAUAUUGGUAGGCCACCCGCGGCCCGUGGGCCAGAUGUGGCCGUCCGCGUGUGAGUGAUUGUGAAAACAUUUUUCCCAGGAAGGCUCCAAAUAUUUCAGAACAAUAAUAAUACUCUUUGUAUCAGGAAGAAAAGGCAUUCCCCAAACCUGACCACCAGUAUUGUAUAAAGACAAUAUUAAAGCACACAACUGCACAAUGGCAAAUGUACUUUAUAACGCAUUUAUAACACGCAAGUGGUUAUGGGAACAUUGGUGCUGUUGGCCCACGUUUUUCUUAUAGCUAUGCAGUGGACCGCCGUGUAUUCGGGGUUAGAUAUUUCAAGAACUCAAAUGAAG